ACCUGGCUGCUCUUCAAUGGGAGCUGGAGCAAUGACAGAACUUGGACCAUUUCGGGUGAAUCCGGAUGGCAAAACUCUAUGGCAGAACCCGUAUUCAUGGAACAAAGUUGCAAAUGUUCUCUUCUUGGAAUCUCCAGCUGGUGUUGGAUUUUCCUAUUCCAAUACAUCAUCAGAUUAUAUUACUGGGGACAAAAAAACUGCAGCAGACUCGUAUACCUUUUUAGUUAACUGGUUGGAAAGAUUUCCAGAGUACAAAAACCGAGACUUCUACAUAACUGGAGAGAGUUAUGCCGGGCAUUAUGUGCCUCAGCUUGCUGAUUCAAUUCUCGUAAACAACAAAAUCACUAAUCAAACUGUCAUUAACUUGAAAGGAAUUGCUAUUGGGAAUGCAUACAUUGACUACACAGAUCGGUGGACAGGCACUUAUGACCAUUUCUGGACUAGUGCUCUCAUAUCUGAUGAAAUUCAUGAAGGCAUAAUUUCAAAUUGCAAUUUUUCUUCUGAGGCUACAGUUUCAGAAGUCUGCGAAGAUUACACAUAUCAAGCCCAUGAGGCCACUGGCAACAUCUUUAUCUAUGACAUUUAUGCUCCCUUGUGCUCUUCCUCUUCAAAUGCCCCCUCGACAUCAGGAUUUGAUCCAUGCUCAGGCGACUAUGUCUUUGCCUAUUUAAACACCCCAGAAGUGCAAAAGGCACUUCAUGCUAACACCACUGGAGUUCCUGGACCGUGGGAAGAUUGCAACGAUUCCAUAGGAAGCGAUUGGCAGGACAUGCCAGAUACAGUGUUACCUACCAUAAAGAAGCUGAUGGCUAGCGGGAUUGGCGUUUGGAUCUACAGCGGAGAUAUAGAUGGGAUAAUACCGGUUACAACAACUAGGUAUUCAAUGCCCAAACUUGGGGCACCUGUAAAGACUCCAUGGUAUCCGUGGGACUCCCAAGGCGAGGUCGGAGGUUAUGUAGUUGAAUACCAAAACGUGACAUUUGUAACCAUAAGAGGAGCAGGACAUUUUGUUCCGAGUUACCAGCCUGAGCGAGCACUAAUAUUCUUGUCAUCCUUCUUACAGGGAAAGCUUCCUCCGAAACAGAGUAAACAGAAGUAGAGGUAAAUGCAAAUAAAAUGUUUGAACUGAUCUUUUUCGUAUUGUCUUUGUAAAGACUAAUAUAAGCAGGUCUCAUCAAAUUGAUAAAAUAUAAAUUUACGACGAACAGUCAAAAUUUGGAUAACACCCUAUUACCUUAUUUGAUGAAUGACAGAAACACAUUUUGUACUCUCACUAGGCACGAAACCAGUCGCUUGGAUGUUGAUAUUGCGAAACUAGAUGUAAUUUAUAUCAGUAAUAUGAUGGUUACAAACAGAACAUAAAGUCAAAACACUAAACUAAAAUCCUCUAAACAAUGAAAAAGACUAAACUACUCCUAAUAAAGAAACCUAAAUACAUUAGUAUGUGAAACCAAAGUCAAACUCAGAUGUCACGCAUCAAGAAAUUGUCAAAAUAAAAUAAAAACGACAAUCAAUCUCCAUAUUUCUCAUAACCAAAUGAAUUAAAUGACAUUAGCUGAUGCAAACACCAAUUCCAAGUUAUGGGAAAACUUGCCAAUGACCGACGCUCAAAAAGAUCAGUCAAUUAUAUUAAUGUUGCCAUGGAGUAUUCAAAGGUUUACGUAGAACCUCAAGAGGGAUUGAAGGAAAUUGACAAGAUCUUAACUUUUCCUGGACAACCAAAGGAGAUUUUUUCUCAAUUUUCAGGGUACAUUACUGUUGAUCCUAAGGCUGGUCGAGCACUCAUUUAUUAUUCUACCGAGUAGGAAGACCCUUGCAGCAAAUCUCUAGUGCUGUUCCUAUAUCACAUCCUCGGUGUGCAUUUGCCUGGUUCUCCUCCUACUUAGAGGGAAAGCUUCUUCCGGUUCAGAGAUAAACAAGAGUCGAUUUAUAAGUGAAUUAAACGUUUGAAAGUGAUUUUUUUUUUCUUAUUGUGUUAGUACAGACUGAUUAUCAGCAGAUUUCAUCAAAUUAAUGGAAUUUGAGUUUAGAAUGGAAAGCAUUAAUUUGAAUUACACCACAUAUAUGAGAUGCAUGACCGAGAACUACUUUAUGUACCAGUUAUUCUCCUGGUAUAGACUUUGUUACUGUUUGAUUGAGAUUAGUAUCAGAUUCUAGUUUGAAAGUGGGAAUUCGAAUUAAGAAAUGCUCACGACAACACAUCCUUCACGUGACCAUCAAUUACCAACUAUACCUUUGUGCCUUGUAUUUGUCUCACAAUAUACUUCAACGUAAUUCGAGGACAAAAUGGUAUUUUUGACCAACUAAUAGUUGAUGAAUUUGGAGGAAAGUUGUCUUAGUGUCAUAGGCUGUCUUCCAAUAAAAAUUUUAAUCGAUUGAGGAUCCCAUUUUUUGUUCACAAAAAAAUGAUUAUAUACUGAGAAAGAGGCAUCAGACAAGUGCUUUAUAGUUUACUUGUUAGUUGAGAAAACUUAUUUGAAACACCAAACAAGUGAAAGCGGAUGAUGAUAUUGCUAUUAAUAAUGUGAAACAAGAAGUAUGAAAAUGGCUGAAAAAGGAAGAAUACUAAGUGAGGAACCAUGACAAAACCUUGAACAAAGAAUAAAUUGUCCUUAAUAAAGAAACUGAAAUACAGUAGUAUAUGACACCACAUAAAAAGAAGUCAGACUCAGAGAUUUUUGCAAAAAAGAAACUGAAAACAAAAAUCUACAUAUUCUACUUACGGUUAAAUCUGCAACUAACCUCUUUUACUAAGAGGUUAUUAAUUUAUCCGUAAAAAAUAUUCAAGACAUGCUCAAACGACCUAUUUUGUUACUAAUUUAUCCGUUGGAACAUUAACAAUUUGGAUUAUUUUAUUUUCAUUGUUUGAAAAUAGAAAGAGUAAAUAUUUGAAAACUAUUACUUUUCAUGUUCAAACUUGGUGCAUUUAAAAUAUGAACUGGCAUAUAAAGCCAAAAGAGUAAUGUUUUUAGACAGGACGAGCACAAUAGUAUGUACUACAUGAAUGAUGUUUUAGAGUUUUUUUUUUUUCUCUCUCUUUUUCAUUGAGCAUUGUACUAUCCACCUUACUAUACAAGCCAAAAAUGCACAGAACCAACCUGCAAAUCCUCCAAAUACAGGUUGUUGAGCUUGGACUUCAUCGAACUGGAAAUGUAAUUUGGUUUUCAUAUAUUUAUUUAGUGUCAUUUCUUGGUUAAAUUAUAGUCGAAUACUUAAUCAGGUUUAUUAAUCAGGUAUAGUUUUGUAUUCUUUCUACUUCAAAUGUGCACAAAGGAAAGUUAUUCUAAUCAUUGUUUUGUUUUGUUUUUUCUGUCAAAUGAUUAAUUCUUCAUAAGGAAACAAUCUAAUUAUAAGAACUGUUGGAGCAUAUGGUGUCAAAUUUCUUAAAGAAACAAUUGAAACAAACCAAGAAACCAAAUAUUUGACCUAAUUGAGAAAUAAACAAUGCAAUGCCGGCUGAUCUGUUAGCCCCCAUUAUGAAGUUUAAUCUUCUGUUGGUAUUAUCCCUAUGUCUUCACUGAGUACUUCUAAAGUUAGUUAACAUCAAUGAGGAGUAAAACCAACAAGAACACUCAAAUACGAUGCUUACAAUGAAUGCUGUUUGUUUUUUAAAGUGAAGCAAAAUCUAUAUAAAAGAAGAAAAAUAGCAACAUUAAUGGUCAAAAUCCCCCACGUCCACCUUCUGUUGCAUUGUGAAGAUGAGAGGUGCAUUUGUUUUAGUCCUCUCUCUUCUGUGCCUUGGGGUUUCUGUACAAUGUUACAGUGGGAGAAAAUAUGACCCUCUUGGAAAAUUUAUGAAGGAUCGACG